AUGGAGUUACCAUCUGAAUCGUCAACACUUGUUCCAACGCCUGGCACUAGUUAUUGCUAUAUGGAAGAUCAGCAACUGAAAUCGGUCCAAUGUAGAUAUGUUAGUCAACGCACUUUAAUUCGAUGUCAACAUAAGAGGCCAUUUGAUCAACCAUUUGCUGUUUGUGGCGUGCAUGCUGCGUUAAGCGACCACAUUCGUGACAGUUUUCACCAAGACCGCACAUUUAUGGAUACAGUUGUGAAGAAGCGAUACAAAAAAGUUAUGUGCCAAAAUUCGGUUGUGAGUGAGGGAUACCCAGCUUUCAACCUUCUGGGUUCAUGCUACAACUACGCAGACAACUCAUUAGUUCCGCUAGCACCACCGUCUUCAUUGAGGUUCGCUGAAGUCUUCAGCAAAAAAGAGCUACCAAAACAACAAGUGCACGACAUCAACAAGACUAUCGAACUUCUAAAGUUGAAGAAAGAACUCUUGCUAAAAAAUGCUUGCUAUUAUGAAGAAUUAAAAGCAUCGACAUCAAAGGUUCAGUUAUCUGGAGCUACUGCACUAAAAGAGCGCCUAAAAGAGGUUCGCUUUCGUCCUACGAGGUUGCAGAAUUCACGAAAGUUGCAACGAGAAAGACCACCUAAAUAUUGUUCUUUUGGCAAGAGUAGAAGGAUUGUUGGAAGUGAAGGCGCUUUUCCUGAAGAUGCAACUAAAUUUGAAUGUAUGUUAGUGUUAGAUGAGAUCAUCGAAGACGUUGCUGCUAAUUUGGGUGACAAUGAGGAAGGUUGUCGGAAUCGCUGUCUGCCUCUAGCGCAUUUUUGCCGAGAACAUAUUUUGCUCGACGAUUUGCAGCAACUCUUUGAAAAGUGCAACGAUUGUCAAGGGUGCGUUCCUCGUUUUGGUGCUGGUUGCUGCACAAAAGAGUUUGUUGGUUUAAAAAGAAUGAAGAAGACUUCGCUCGCUAGCCUCUUGCCACCUCUGUCAGUUAAUGUCGGCGAAGGAAACUUCUCAGAAGUUAAACCAAAUUUACUUCUAAAGCUGUCCCAGAAUACUACUCCAAAUGGCCUGAGUGGAGAACGACCGAAGGCAAUUCGAAAAGUGAAUUUCAUGAUUGAUGCUGAGGAAGGGAAUAAAAAUUCAGCAGCAAGUUCCAUGAGAACCGGGCAGAAUUUUUCCACGUGCGAUCUUUCUUUGCAGGCUUCUGCUCCUGAAGAAAAAGUUGUUAUCACAGAAGUUAUUACUUGUUCUCGCAUCCGUCCAUUCAACAGGGAGGCGUUCGAACAAUCAAGAAGGACAAGUGGUCUGUUGAAGGAAUCAACAAACAAGGGCUAUGCUUCAGUGAAAAAGCCGGCUUCAAGAAAACGACUUCCGUCAACAGAUCUAAAUUUGGCUAGUACUUUGCAACCUACUCUUGGUGAGAAAGCUUUAACCAGUGAUUUCCUUCACAUUGCCAAAUCAUCUAAUACAGCCACGCCACCAUUUCGUCAAUCACCAGUUGCUGCACAAUUGUACAAAAUGUACUCUCCUCCUCCACCACCAAAGCCUGCAGCGCCUUUUGCAUUGCCAGCAGCACAAUCUGAUCGACUCCUCAAACAACCUUUCCGAGUAGCAUAUCGUGCUAGUGAUAACAGGCCUACUUUGACGGUGGCUGGAACCCAGGGACAUCCAAAGAAUUUUCAAAACCCCAUUCACUCGCUACCUUCUCCAUUAACUUUGCAAGAUAAAAAGGCGACUCUGAUGGCGACUGGAAUCCCGGGGAUUCCAAAGAUUUCGAAGAAUGUUCAAAAUGCCAAGCCACCUACUCCACUAAUUUCAAAAGUAUCGGGAACAACAGAAAGCUUAACGAUGAAUGGUCAAAGCACAAAUGAGAGCACAAGCCUUAAUCCAACGACCAAUGCAAGCAAUGAAGCUGAAACGGCGAAAAGUGUCAGUUCUCCUAAGUUAAUUGGAGAAAAUCAUAAUGAGAACUUGCAUUCAUCGCAACACAUUGUGUCUGGACUAGCACAAGGCGAAACUUAUCGACCCGCUAAUCAAACCACAGCCUCAACGCCAAGAAUAAUUGCAAAUACGACUAAAAAAAUAGUCGCUAUACGCAAUGGAACGCGAUUUAUCGUCGGUCAUUCGCAGCAAUUUACUGACGGCUUAACUCAUCCAGUUUCAACACCAGUUUUGACAACGGCAUCGCGAACAACUCAACCGAUUUUACGACUACCACUCUAUCAAAGGGAAUUUUUGCAAAAUAAAGCAGUUAAUGUAGCGGCUUCACAAAGUGAAACAGAACUAAAGAAAGUAAAUAUUCAGUAUCGAAAUUCAAAUGGACACUCACAAUCAAUCGUGCAAGCUACAGUGCCCAAUAACUCACUUUCAAAUGGACUUUUAAUUCAUAAAAAUAGCGGCGAAGUGGAGAAGAACUGCGAUGGAAAAACUGCUGCUUCUGAUUUUAAAACCGAGGAUUCAAAUGGACACUCACAAUCAAUCGUGCAAGCUACAGUACCCAACAACGAUUUUCAUACAAAUAACAAGGAUGAACCCGUAGCGACACAUAUCAAUAAUGGAAAACUACCUGUGACGAAUGAUUCUCACACUCAAGACGAUCUCACGAACAAUGGUUGGCAGGGAGUGAAUGGCAAUCCAUUGGACAUGCUUGCACAUGUCGCUUCUUUAUCGCAAGCCGCUCAAUCAACCGAUCACCUUCACAACGGGUUUUGGCUUAAGAACCCGCUAUACAGAGGAUUCAUGGCUUCAACCACCAAGCAUCCAAGCGUUCUGUGGGCUCAACGAGAGGGAUUUCUCUACUUGACAAUUGAGGUUGAUGAUGCCAAAAUUGAGGAUUUGACGUUAUCCGAACAAUCCCUUCAUUUUAAGGGCAACAACACUUCUGGAUCUUAUGAGGCCACCCUUGAAUUCUUUGAGAACGUCGACAAAGAAUCGUUGAAAAAGUACAGUGGGACGCGCUUCUUGGAAUUGACCGUUAAUAAGGCAACUGGCAAAUGGUGGUCUCGUUUGCUAAAAAACAAGGAAAAGGUCCAUUGGUUGAAAGUUGAUUUUGGUAAAUGGAAAGACGAAGAUGAGUCUGAUAUCGAUGAUGAGCCCGCUGCCGGUGCAUCAGGGUUUGAUUUGUCGAACUAUAUGUCACAACUUGGUGGAGCACCCGGAGGUGCACCUGAUUUCGAUGGGCUCGAUAUGGGUGAAGAGGAUGAUGAUGAUAUGCCUGACCUCGAAGACACAAAGGAGGAAGAAGACGAGAAGGACCAAUCCAAA